AAUCCAUAAUCUUCCUUCUUAUAUCUUCACUGAAUGCAUGCUGUUACCAAAUCUUUUUUUAAUUUUACUAAACAAGAUGAUAUGCCAUUAAAGACUUUCCAAACAAUCUGCACCACUUAUUAAGAGAUCAUCUGAGAGUCUGCACAUGUUGUUGCAAAGAAACUGAAUUAUUUUCCUAACCUAUUAUUGUUGAGUAAUUUUAAUGUCCUUAAUCAUUACAGUUCUGAAUGUUCGCUGGGCAUUAACAGGCAUGUAGAUGAACUGGAUCAGUCAGUGUUCAGCCUUCACCUUUUAGUCUUUCUGAGGUUCACAAUAUGGGUAAUAACAGGUAGCUGCACAUUAUCAUGCUUGCUGUAAAAAGAAUAUGGUUUUCCAGGUAUAAAGUUGCAGACGGAUGUGUUAUCUCAGUGAAAACUGCUUCAAGAUAACCCUGUCUAAUCUUAACAGGCCUUGCAGACAGUGAUAAGACAUGUGUGACUGACUGAUAAAGCAGAGCUUCUCUUUUAGCUGCUUUAUGAGCCUAAAGAGAGAGUGCUGGUUUUCACAAAGUUUGUGCUUCCAGUUCCAGAGAAAAGCAGGGAAACAGGUUCAUUCCUCCUGUUAGCCACAGAUAUAUAUAUAUAUUUUAUCUUAAAACAGCCCUGUUCACUUUAUUAUGGAUGUUAAAGUACAAAUUAAAUUAGAGUUACUAGUUUGUGUAGUCCCGUUUUGUUUACUGUAAAUGAUGUGCAUAACGCUUCCUCUGUCUUUGCUGCUCACUCCCCUUCAGCUGGUUGGCUCGUCUAGCUGGUUAAGGUAACAGCUGAUUGGUCAGGUUAGUAGGAGGUAAAGGUUUAAAGGUUCAGUUUGAUUGAUAAUAAAAGCACAUUUUUGCUGAAAAGGUGAAUAAAGUGUUCCUGAGCAAAGCCUUAGUCAGAAUUUAAAUGCUGAUUUGAAAACCGAACGUUCAAAACCGAACGUUGUGUACGCAAGUGUAAAGGUUUAAAGUCAAACACUAUGCUUUCAUCUUUUUUUUACUCCUGCUUGGUUGACUAUUGCAUCACGAGAAAACUCAAUCAUCUUUAAACUUCUCUGUGUUGUGGACAGUUCUUCUUCCCAGUGGAGAUAAUUUUGUGACAUCAAUGCAAUGCUGCUUCUCAGGCACUGCCAGAGCCUGACUCGACUUGGUGCUGUCGGCACUCUAAGGUAUCAGGCGGCUCCUUGUUUUGCAUCUCAUGCAGUUCGUCUCUGUAGCAGCAGCAGGGAGGAUCAGAGAUCAUACCAGCGUGCCAACUGGAGUGCCAACUGGAAACGUAUUGUUGCUGGGGUGCUGACUGGUACCGGGGCUGUACUGACCUAUGGUCUACUCCACCAAGAGGUUGAGCAAGCAGACGCUGGCUUGCCCACCACAGAGAAGCGCUCCUCUCUUCCUGUCUUCAGCCACGAUGAAAUCUCAAAGCACCGCUCUCUGGAAGACGGCGUGUGGGUCACGUACAAGGGAGGCGUCUAUGACAUCACCGAGUUUGUGCCGAUGCACCCUGGUGGGAAUAAAAUCUUGCUAGCAGCAGGUGGUGCCCUUGAACCUUUCUGGGCCCUGUAUGCUGUUCAUGACCAGGAGUAUGUAUUGGAGAUCCUCUCACAAUAUAAGGUUGGUGAGCUGAGUGUAGAAGACCUGAAGAAGCAGCACGAUGCCAAAGCGUCGGACCCCUACUCUUCGGACCCCGAACGCCACCCGGUGCUCCGGGUCAACAGCAAGAAGCCUUUCAAUGCCGAGCCUCCUCCUGAGAUCCUGACGGAAAACUACAUCACUCCCCAUGUGUUGUUCUUCAAGCGGAACCACCUGCCUGUUCCUCAGGUGGACCCGGUUUCAUAUCGCCUCCAGGUGGAGGGCCUGCCCAAAGGAGCGCUGACUCUGUCGUUAAAGGAUUUGAAGACCCGGUUCCCCAAACACACCGUCACGGCUACGCUGCAGUGUGCCGGGAACCGCCGCAGUGACAUGAACAAGGUAAAGCAGGUGAAAGGACUGAACUGGGGCAUUUCUGCUAUUGGGAAUGCCAAAUGGAGCGGAGCGCGGCUCAGAGACGUUCUACUGGCUGCUGGGUUUGGCCCAGAAGUGGCCAAAUGGGCCCGCCACGUUCACUUUGAAGGACUGGAUAAAGAUGUGUCGGGGUCAGCAUAUGGAACCUCGAUCCCCAUCAACAAGGCCAUGAACGAGGACGGCGACGUGCUGCUGGCGUAUGAAAUGAACGGCGAGGAUAUUCCCGCUGAUCACGGCUUCCCGGUGCGGGUCGUGGUUCCGGGCGUGGUGGGAGCGCGCAACGUGAAGUGGCUGGGGCGGAUCGUGGUCAGCACAGAGGAGAGCAGCAGCCACUGGCAGCAGCUCGACUACAAAGGCUUCUCCCCGGGGACGGACUGGAGCAAGGUCGACCACGCGUCCUCUCCGGCCAUCCAGGAGCUGCCCGUUCAGUCCGCCAUCACCGUCCCGGCAGACGGAGCCGAGAUCGACCGCAGCGACGAAACGCUGACCGUCAAGGGCUACGCAUGGAGUGGCGGCGGCAGAGAGGUAGUGCGGGUCGACGUCUCCCUGGAUGGAGGGAAGACAUGGCAGGUGGCUCAGCUGACGAGCGGGGACAAAGGUCAACCGGACGAGCCUUCGCCUCCUCCGGGUCGAGCCUGGGCCUGGAAGCUGUGGGAGCUGACUGCUCCUCUUCCUCCUGACGCUGACGAGCUGGAGAUUAUCUGCAAGGCGGUGGAUAAUAGCUACAACGUGCAGCCGGACUCAAUCCCGCCCAUCUGGAACCUGAGAGGCCUGCUGAGCAAUGCCUGGCACAGAGUGAAGGUCAAGGUGACCGAGGAUUAGAGGGAGGCCCGGCCCAAAACUCAUCAUCAAGGAGGGAGCUUUGUUUUGUGUCAAUCUGCGCAGUUAACAGAUUCUGUCUAAAGUUUACAAAGUAUUUAUGUGAUCUUGUUGCUUGGGAGAUUUGAAAAAUGAAAGUUUUAUAUGAAUAAAGUCAAACAUCUCAACGGUAUCUGCCGUGCCACACAGGAGGUUCAGGGUGAUGAAGGGACUAGAGAUGCACCGAUCAGACUUUUCCUGAUCAAUACUGAUAUCUGGGUCUCUGACGUCUAACCUGCAGAUUUAGACUUUUUUUUUUUUUUUUUUUUAAAUGUAACCAAGAAAAUAAAAUAUUUCUGUAGGUUCUUUGAUAGCAGUAGUUAGGCUCUUUAUAAAUAUAUAUUUUUAUAUAUAAAAGAUUUCAUAUGAAAAUACAUGCCGUUUGUUGAUGAGGGUGAAUCAGAGACUACUGAAGGUCUUUAAUUUUUAACAAGUGAUGGUACUGAUUGUAUUGUGAUCAACUUUAGCAACAAGUAGGAGACAAUACAAUUCCUUACAUCUCUUUAUUUAGUUAAAAAAUGAAAAUUAAAAAAAAAUAAAUGCAGCACAUAAUUUACAACAUCACUGCAUAAAAUAACUGAGCAAGAAAAAAAAACAAUUGUGUAUAAAUUUGUUUGGGAUUUUCUCUGCUGAUGUUGGAAAACUGGAAUUUCUUAGUUCCUCUCUUUGUAACAUAACAGCUAAUUUCUUAAUAAUUUGUUAGAGCCGUUGUACAGGCGCCAAAGAGCUAUUGGUUGGACCUUAAAUAUAGUCAUAAUAGAAAAUGGUGAGAGAUCUUGGUUUUGACUCAGUUAGUGACUAAACAAAAAGAAACAAAUCAGCCGAUCAAUACACAAUUGUCUUAAUUUGUUUCUUUGAUCAGAGCAUCAUAAGAAGUGAUUUUUCUCAGCAAUUGUGAUUGAACAUUUAUUUUUGAACAUGUGUUCGGUUAUAUAUUUAAAUCUCUGUAAAUAGGAACAUUUUAAGGACAUAUUUUAUUUAGUGUUACUGUCCCCAUUACAGUUUAUUUGAAGGUACAAAUUUAGUGGAGUUGUUACUUUAAAGGUAAUCUCUACAAAAGUAGUGAAGGCAAAGUCUCCAGCUCAAAGUUUUGUUCACUGAAUUUAUAUAUAGGUUUAGAUGUUUUUGAUGCAUCCAUUGAUGAGUAGAAAGUCAGGUGAAAGAGUGACUUGGAGACCCAACAAACCGACACCAUAGGCAAGGUUGUAAAAGCUCGUCGUCACGGAUGUAGUCUCCCUGUAAUUCACCGCAGUGGAUGGGGCAGAAGACUGGUUGUGCCUAAACUGAUGCAGUAUUCAGGUUGGUGUUUUAAUCCAGUAUUGUUACUUUGAGCACUUCCAUUCAUCAGCAUGCCUCUCUUAGUAAGUGUCAUCAGACAAUGCACACUUUGUUAGCCAUGCAGUGGUUGUGCAAGUCUCACUUUUUUCCACAUAAUCAGCCUGUUUUCAAUGUGUUUUGAGGUUUAAUUGCACUAAAGCAAUGUGUGGGGUUCAGAGGCCUGCUACCAAAGACUGUUUUUUGUUGUAAAGUGAUUUUAAAAUUACUUAUUACUUUUCUGUUUUAGAAAACAAAUGAAAAGACAAUUCCCACUUAUUUAUGUUUCAUACUAGGUUAUAAACUGGCACUGAAGAAAAUCUCUGCCCAAGAUUUAUCAAAAUCGGGGGGAAAAUGAGCACCAACUAUUAAAAAGUACUUCAUGUUUCAGUAUAGAAGGACAUUACACACGAGACCAGUUAAUAAACUUGUUCUUGUUCUUAAUGAGAGUAUUUCAGGUCAUUCACUGUCAACACACCAGGAGGGACGCCUUUAGCCAACACUGUGUUGAUGUCAUAGCUAAAAGUGUUAAGUCAUGUAAGGUACAACACCCUGAUGUGGUUGUCAUGUGUGUUUAUGACACAGCACUAAUGGAAACAAGUGUGGGUUUAAAGAAAGAUGACAGAAUUAAAACUGUUUUUGACUUGGCAAUGAAGAACUUUUUGACCAGGGCCUGAAGUUUUGAGCCAAAUAUACAGUUUUUAGAAAGUAUUUCCAAGAAGGGAGCUAAUUUUCAUGACACUGGAUGUGUUUUUGUUCUGUUAAAUCAGAUUUAUAAAUGGUUACCUGCUGAUGUGUCAUAUCCAGCAGUGCUUUUAAAAUGCGUACUGUGCAUUUAUAGACUUCUAACUUGACUCUGACUUCCUUCUGCUGAUGUUGUUGCUGCUCAGUGUGAAAACUGUCAGGAUGCCAAACUACACAGCACCUCCUGGAUUCUCACUCUUGUUUUAUGUACCAAGUACAUUUUAUUUUUCAUCAUUUCUCACAGUAAUGUAAGCUUAAUGUUUUCUGUAAUGUUUUAAUGUUUCAUUUUCUUUAGUGUUAACUUUUAACCCUAACACUUUAGAAUGGAAGUAUAUUUUGCUAUGCAGUCAUAAUCUUUUUAUUCACUUAUUCAUAAAAAAAUGUAUUUUUUGAUUUGUUUUGUUGCAUUUGUGCACAAACAUCUAAUCUUUCAAAAAAUUUAAAAUGUGUCCACUUGAAAAUACACCUAGCACAUGUUUACAAUAAAAUAUAGUCAGGAUUUUGUUUAUUCCUUCAUGAGACCAUUUGUAGUUAAAGAAAAUGUUUCUGAAUAUCUGGGAAUGAGAUAAACUAGAAACCUAAACAGCCUCUCGGUGUGUUUGAUGUUGGGCAGGAGGCAAGAAGGAAAGUUCCUUAAAACUCGUGAUCUUUUAUGUAAGAAAAGCCAGCGCACAUCGUGUGUGUAUAUUUACAAGACCGGUAACUGAUGACCAAGGCCGUUGUGUUAUCUCUGUGAUGCCUGAGUUUGCUUUUCGGCUUGGACAUGAUUCAGUCCAGAUGUUCUCUCGUGAGCCUGGGACUGGUAGAGACUCAGAAAACGGAAUAAAUCAGAAAACAUUCAGGAAGUUCUGUGAUGCAUCUUUGUGUGACUCAUACAGAAGUAAUGUUUGGAUGAGCAGAAAUGUUCUGCAGAUAACCAAGAGAGAUUCUGGUGAUUUAUGCUGGUAUUCAUGCUGGACCGUAUGGUCCUUCUCUGCUCUUCAAAACUUUGAGAUAAAUGGGAAAACUGGAAAUCAAAUAUAAAAUUAUACAGUUUAUUUAUUUGUGUGUGUGUCACCAUUCCAGGAAGAACGUCUUUUUGUACAUUUUUCCUUAAUUACCAGUUUGCUGCCAUAAAAAUGACAAAUACAGGAAACGGAAAGCUGACUGUUCUCUAAAUAAAACAAGUGUGCCACUUUACUAGUGAAUUAAAACUUGUAAAUGUUUUUCAGUGACUGAAGUUGUAAGAAACAAAUGUGGGAGUCAAUUAGUUGUUAAAAUUGGGUAAGAACCAGAACGUUGGAGUCCUUUAUAGGAGCAGUAUUAUGUGUUUUCCAGGCACAUAGUGCCGUUUUAUAGCACAAUCAAGUAACCGUGUCACCUUCAGUUGUUAUAAAAAUCCUGCUUACGUCAAAUAUGACUUAAAACAAAUUUUACUCCCUAAUUUAACGACUU